AUGGGCGCCUGCAUCUCGUCUACAGCUGUGCAGGACGCCAAGCCUCUGACGCCGGCAGCCCCCGGUGCACAGCAGCCUACUGCUGUCGGAAUUCCGGAUGGCGGUGCCCGAGAGGGGCCAAGUGACGAGGCCGCUGCUGAGUCUGCACGGGCGCCAGCUGGCAGUCAAACAGCAGACAAAAGCGUGACAGCUGCUGCUGCUGCUGCUGCUGCUGCUGCUGCAGCAGCUCCUUCUGUCUCUCCUGCUACUACCACAUCCACCACCACGAUGACGGAAGCACCAAAGCAAGACGUGGUAAAAGGUGACAAUGAGCACUCGUUGCAAUCUCUGUCUCUGACGUCCCAGACACACAAGAUUGCCGCGAUCGAAAGUGCAGAUGGCUUGGCGCUGGUGGAAAUGCGUAUCAACCAGCUCAAGGCAAAGUACGGCGCUCCUCAAGGUGGUGACCACAUCCAAAUGCCUACAGUCAUGGCAGCGGUGGCCGGCGAGCUACCGCUGAAGGACAUGAAGAAUGAACUGUACUGGGUUGGUGAGAUCUCUAUUGGACAGCCAGGAACGAAGGUGGCUCUCAACUUCGACACCGGUAGUAGCGAUCUCUUCGUCCAGCCACACAAGUUUGAUCCCAAGAAAAGCACCACAGCAAAGGCAACAGGCAGGACUUUUAAGCUCACCUACGCCGAUGGCACUCACGUCAGCGGAGACGUCUACACCGACAACCUCACCGUCGCAAGCUUCGCCACCAAGUCGCAUGCAAUUGGUGUCGCAACCGAGAGCACGUUUAAAGACGAAGGGACCGACGGCAUCUGUGGUCUGGCAUUCCAGAACAUCUCCAUGACCAAGGCCCCGUCCCUCUUCGACUCGCUCUACGCUAACAACAAGUCAACGAUGAAGAACCACUUUGCCUUUGGGCUGUGGGAAAAGAAUGCAGUGCUCGACCUGGGCCGCAUCGACAAGAGCAAGUACCAAGGCGACAUGGCCUGGUCCGGCAUCGAAGGCAAGGCAGGUUACUGGCAGACUGGCUUCCAGAUCAACCAUGCGUCCGCAAACGGCAUCAUCGACACUGGCACCACUCUUGUACUUGGUCCCGUGCGCGACGUCGAGAAGAUCCUCAAGGACGCGGGAUGCGAGCUGAAGCACCAAGACGGUCUUGUCUUUGGCCUCUACAAAGAAGGGGCCAUCAAGAACAUCACGCUGACAUUUGGAGGAAAGAGUUUCACCAUGUCCAAGAGGGCGCUCUCGUACAAGCACGAGGGCGACAAAAUCAUCGCCUCGGUCUGUGGCGCCGAUAUGGGAAGUGGUGCGCCAGCAUGGAUCGUCGGUGGCUCCUUUCUCCAGGACGUGUAUGCCGUCUUUGACGUCGAGAACAAGCGCGUAGGAUUUGCGCCACGCAAGGCUUAG